AUGGGCCAACAUCCUUCUCGUCUGCAUCACAACGUCGUACUCGACGAUGAGUCGAGCUUUCAUCCGCGCACACAUCGCCGUCGUCCAGCCAAGCUCGAUCUCGCCAAAUCUCGCCAUGCCGACCAAAACCUUCCACCUCCGCCACCAGCACCUCUGUCACCACGAUCGCUGAACCAUGCGAUCAGUGUUCGGUCUCUUCGCCCUGCGACACCCAAGUCGAAACCCUCCGUCCGUCACACCCGGUCCCACUCCCAAAUUCUUGCGCCUCUUUCUGCUCGUCAUCUUGCUGCGGAUAUCCCUCCUGUACCCUCACAGAUCACCGAAACAGCGCGCGUCGUUCCUGUCCCUCUUCGCGCAGACCAUGCUGCAACGGGCAAUAGCCUGCACUCGGUGCCUUCAUACACCGUCAUCAACCACCUGAGCUCUGCUUCGGACGGAGCCAGGACACAAUCUGCUUCGGACAACGCCCUUGCACCGCCGCUCGAGGCCAAAGAUGCCGAGCCUGCGUUCCUCACAGCGUACCCCGAGUACGCCGCGACCAUGCCAAUUGAUCUUCUUCGCAGCACCGAGUACACGCGUCUACAACCUAACAGUGCCUACGUCGAUUCUAUGGGUGGUGCCCUGUACCCGGAGAUGCUUGUUCGCUCGCACGCUGCCUUCCUUCAGAACGCUGUGCUAGGCAACACCCACAGUCAGAGUGCAAGCUCUAAACUCUCGAUGGCCCACGCAGCCGAGGCGCGGUCCAGCGUACUGUCCCACUUCAACGCCCCUCCAGGAUCAAAGGUCAUCUUUACUUCGAACGCAUCCCACGCGCUCAAGCUUCUCGGGGAGUCUUUUCCCUUCGGUCCAAAGUCGGCCUACGUGCUUCCCGAGGACGCGCAUAACUCGGUGCAUGGCAUUCGCGAGUUUGCACGUCGUGCAGGCGCGGAAGUCGUGUACAUGCCUGGGCGAGAAGGACGCGGAGGCAUUGAUGUUGUGAAAGCAAGGCGCGCACUCAUUGCCAAUGCCCCUCGUUCCGGAGAGGCGGCUCUGGCUGCAUUCACUGGCCUCUCAAAUUUGACGAACGCCAAGAUAUCUCUGGAGCCGAUACCCACAGCUGUUGUUCCAUUGGCCGCUGCCGUUACUCCUGCCGGCGCCUCUCGCUCUCGUCGGGCCACUGCGACGAAGGUCGGUCAUUUCGGCGCCUCGCUUCCAACGCCUCCUGCAUCUGCAACAUCGGCUUCCUUCCCUCGCCAUCCAAUUCCCCUCGCUCCGGCUUUUGGGGAUCCUGCGCCACCCCCGGUCUCCCUUCCGAUCCAUUUUCCGUUCGCCGAACCGCUUUCACCGCCACCUUCCGCGAGUGCCGCAUCAUUUCCCUCCCAUCCCUCGGCUACCUCCGCAAACCCCAGCAUAUCGAUGUACCCAUCCCUUGUCACGCAUGCGAAGAGUUUGGGAUACACCACUCUGCUUGAUGCUGCUGCCCUCGCACCAAGCACUCAGCUGGACCUGACCGUGACGCCUGUCGAUGCUGUUGCGAUCAGUUUCUACAAGAUGUUCGGUUAUCCGACUGGCAUCGGCGCUCUGAUCCUGGGCCCGGGCGUUGGCGAAUGGCUCCUUGAUGGCCAUGAACGCGGAUUAGGCGGUCGUCCCUGGUUCGCUGGCGGUACAGUGGACGUCGUGCAAGUCCCAGGUCAGGUCUAUACGCACGUCGACAACGUGGAAGAAGCCUUUGAAGACGGCACGCUCAACUACCUCCAAUUGCCGGCGAUACCUCUCGGGCUUAACCUCUUGCGCUCAUAUCUUCCUUUCAUACCAACCCGUGUCACUGCCCUUGCGCAUUAUCUGGCCACACAACUGUCGUCACUACAUCACGACGACGGGUCGCCGGCAUUUCUCGUACUCAGUCGUAUUCCCGGAUGGAUUGACGCAGUCGGAGGUGGUCGACGUCGCCGACUCCCCUCUGUCGGUCGCUCGUUGGGUGAUGAUGAAGACCGCGACGGGGAAGGAACGGGAGGCACUGUGAGUUUCGUUGUAUAUGACAAAGAUAGCGAAUUCGUUCCACUAUCAACGAUCGCCUCGUCUGCGGCGGCCUCUGGUAUCAUGCUACGCACCGGUUGCAUGUGCAAUCCUGGAGGAGCCGCUGCGCUACUCGGAUUGUCUCCCUUUAUGGCGGAACUGCGCACUGGCGCUACGCUUUCAGCUUUAGAGGCCGCCGCGGGUUACGAACUUGGCGUCGUACGCGUUUCCUUCGGACUUGCGAGCAGUUUCGCCGAUGCACUUGCCGUGGCCAACUGGGCUCGGGCCAGCCUCGCGAGCGAUUGGGAAGGCUUCCGGGACGAUACGGCGGUUAACCGUAGCAGCCCCUAUCAGUUUGGCAAGGCGCUCUAA